AUGGCUCCUGCUUUUGCAAAAUUUCCACCUUAUACGGGCCAAGAACCAUCUAAUGAUUACUUGAAUAAAGUUAUUCAAUCAUGGGCAUAUCUUAAAGGGCAUAUGACGGUUCUUGAGAAUGCAAAUGCAGAAGAUUUUGACAAUGCAGUCAAGUGUAAUAUUUUAAAAUCUAUAAUGGGUAGAAAAUAUGUUCUAGUAUUAGCAAAUAAUAAUCUUGAA